AUGGUGUGUGCUUCUCUCAAUCGUAGGGCUGAUGCCUCUCCUUUUGUGACUAGGCUUCCAGCUCCGUGCUUGACGUGUAACCCGAAUGGUACGCGCGGUCCUCACCCAUGGUGGUUUGUGGCCGGAGAGCACACGGCUGGUAGCGAGCCGUCCCCGAUAUGCAGUAGUCCUGAGGAGGGGAGGAAAAUGCAGCCAUGUUUUUCCUAUGGUUCGCGCGAUCAGUCCGACGCAUCUAGGUGUAGACUCAUGGAUGCCAGGCUGAGACGGAGGAGGGCGCUUGGUCUUCAAGCAUUGACUGUGGACGUGGAAAGGGCGGAGCGAAGAAUGGCACUGGGCAGUGGGAGACGGUCCAGAUCGAUAGUAGGGAGCUCAACGAAGCCCUGUCUACGAGGUGGAAUUUGGCCCAAGCCCCGGGAAAGACCGGGAAAGGCUCGGGGGAUCUCAUCCCUCAUCUGUACUGCGCGGUACGCAACUCAACUUGGCCGUUCGCGAAAGCUUCAGCGACAUCGUGCCUCAGGGUCCAGGUAUUUCGGAGCUGUUCCGGAACAGAGGACCCGUAGAGAUGUUGCCUCGGGAUAUCGAGGUGUUCCUGUGUCAAGAAGACAGAAAGAUGGUCGAGUGAAGGGUGACUCUCUAGUGCCGACAUCUCGGGCGCAGCUUAACCAACCUAUAUCGAAUCAUCACCUCCCUCCCCUAGAGCAGAAGUUUCGCCAGCUCGCGCUGAACAUCCUGGUGGUCUUUCCCUGCUUCGUAUGCGCGCCGCAAGACGUACACGGCAGUAGCUUCCGGGUCGACGGAGAAUCGAACGAAGCUGGUCAAGAGGCUGUGCUCGGGCGGAGAGACGCGAAGAGUGUGUAUGAGUUCCAGCGAGUUUUUGUUAUCUGGAUCGUGAAGGACGUUGCGGAAAGCAUCCUCGAUGUCGAAAACGGACAUGUCACCGUUGGGUCUGAGAAUAUACCAGUCAAUUGA